CGGCGCGCACAGAGCCCCUGGAGCUGCGCGGCCGGCGCGGCGCAAAGUUAGCCCGGCGCCCCGGGACGAGCCCCGCAGCCGCCCGCUGGCCCUGGACCCCGCGUCGACAUGGGCGAGCACCCCAGCCCGGGCCCCGCAGUGGCCGCCUGCGCCGAGGCGGAGCGCAUCGAGGAGCUGGAACCCGAGGCCGAGGAGCGGCCGCCCGCGGCGCCGGAGGACCACUGGAAAGUCCUGUUUGAUCAGUUUGACCCUGGGAACACAGGCUACAUCAGCACAGGCAAGUUCCGGAGCCUCCUGGAGAGCCACAGCUCCAAGCUCGACCCACACAAAAGGGAGGUGCUCCUGGCUCUCGCCGACAGCCACGCAGAUGGGCAGAUCUGCUACCAGGAUUUUGUCAACCUGAUGAGCAACAAGCGGUCCAACAGCUUCCGCCAGGCCAUCCUGCAGGGAAACCGCAGGCUCUGCAGCAAAGCCCUCCUGGAGGAGAAGGGGCUGAACCUCUCCCAGCGGCUGAUCCGCCAUGUGGCCUACGAGACCCUGCCCCGGGAGAUAGACCGGAAGUGGUACUACGACAGUUAUACCUGCUGCCCCCCGCCCUGGUUCAUGAUCACCGUCACAUUGCUGGAGGUUGCCUUUUUCCUUUACAACGGAGUGUCGCUGGAUCAGUUCGUGCUGCAGGUGACCCAUCCGCGAUACCUGAAGAACCCACUGGUUUACCACCCGCAGCUUCGCGCGCAGGCCUGGCGCUACCUGACCUACAUCUUCAUGCACGCGGGGAUAGAACACCUGGGACUCAACGUGGUGCUGCAGCUCCUCGUGGGGGUACCCUUGGAGAUGGUGCACGGAGCAACCCGUAUUGGGCUUGUCUAUGUGGCUGGUGUUGUAGCAGGGUCCUUGGCGGUGUCUGUGGCUGACAUGACGGCUCCAGUCGUGGGCUCCUCUGGAGGGGUGUAUGCGCUUGUCUCUGCCCAUCUGGCUAACAUCGUGAUGAACUGGUCAGGCAUGAAGUGUCAAUUCAAGCUGCUGCGGAUGGCUGUGGCCUUGAUCUGCAUGAGCAUGGAGUUCGGGCGGGCCGUGUGGCUCCGGUUCCACCCAUCGGCCUACCCUCCGUGCCCUCACCCAAGCUUUGUGGCGCACUUGGGCGGCGUGGCUGUGGGGAUCACGCUGGGUGUGGUGGUCUUGAGGAACUACGAGCAGAGGCUACAGGACCAGUCCCUGUGGUGGAUUUUUGUGACCAUGUACACGGUCUUUGUUCUGUUCGCUGUCUUCUGGAACAUCUUCGCCUACUCCCUGCUGGACUUAAAGCUGCCACCGCCUCCUUAAGGCACUGGGGGCCCGAGGUCUGAGAGGGGAGGGGAGGGCCGAGCCGCAGCAGGAAGGAGCGCGUUCGGACAUUCUCGUGCUCAGCGCCGUGGAGGCCGGGGAGGACAGGACGCGAGGCUGGGCCACGGUGAGGCUGGGUGUUCAGGUUUGGACAGUGGGGCCUCUUUUCUGAAAGGCCCCUGCUGGGUGAGUUGGAUGCAGCUACUGUUUUUCUAGACUGUUCUGAGGCCAUCAGGCCAGGGCGAAGGCAGCCCUCCCCUGGGGGCUCAGCUUGUUCCAUGAGUUCAGGGGACGCCUCUCUUGUCACGGAUUGACGGCAGCCCUCCUCCCUCUUCCUCGUCCUGAGAUGUCAGGAGGAUCCGAGUGUUGGGUAGGGAGGCAGGCCCUUGUCCAGCUCAGAGGUACAGUUAUAGGCCGAGGAGUGUCCGCUCUACAGCUGUUGGGUUUGGAGCUCCGGAGUGGAGGAGGGCCGUGUUGGGUUUUGGUGUAAGUGAGCCCAGGGUGUGCUCCUGGUGCUGGGCACUGAGGCACGGCCUCUAGUGCUUGGGGCAGGCAGAGAAGGGAGAUGCUGUAACUCCAGGCCUCACUCUUGCCCUUGGGGGUGUCCAGUGAGAGAAACGCAAGCAGGAGGGAAUAAACUUUGUCCCAAGUGCUACCCUAGGCAAGUCCCAUGACCACCUUUGGAUUUCUCCCUCCCUGUCCCCCAGAAUGCUGACAUCUCAUCUCCGUGCCUCGGCAUGCCAGGCCCUGCCUUGUUUUUAGCGCCUUUUCCUUCUCUUCCAUUGCCCUGACCCUACAUUGUGCCUCCCCUUUGGUCAUGGGGACACGUGGGUGUGUGUAUGUGUUGUGUGUGUGUGUGUGUGGUUCAGUGGGUAAGGACACCCAUGGGAUGGGAGGAGAGGCCAUGGAAAGAACGUGAGGCAAGUCAGAGACUGCAGAGAGGCCCUUGGGGGGCAUGGCUGUGUGUGGAAGGGUCUUCAUGAGAGGGGAAAAAGGCGCAGAGAGGUGUGACCCCUGAGGAUCUGGCUUUCAGCAAAGCUACCGCCUUCUUUCCCAUUCCUCAUCCUUUCCAGGCAUCUCCCUGAGAGCUGCUGACCAGUGGGAGACUUGUCUGUGGUAUGGGGGAUGCUCAGGACGCCUCAGCCGGCCUUUGCCAAGUUCCCAUCUUGUUUCCCUUUGGAAUGACCUUCCUGUCUAAGAUAGUUCUGUUUUCCUCGAGAAGGAAAGAGCUUUGGGGGUGUAAGAGAAGCUGGGGCAGGAAUACUGAAGCCCUGCGUCCAUCGAGUAGGGGGGACAGAAGAAAUUCCAAUUUAGAGGAAAAUGGCUUCUAGAGAAUUGUUGGGUGUUUGGAGGAGGGUCAGAGGGGAGGGCAGCCCCUACAUGCAGAGGCUCGAGCUUGGCAGGGACUUGGCUAUUGUCAGCUUCAUUCCCCCGCCCCUGCAAGGCACAAGUGGGAAAACAAGGCCGAGGGAAUGAGUUCUGAGCCGGAGCUGAUACAGCCCCUGGGGAGAGGGGGAGGGGAGGAUGGCCCUUGACAAAAUAGGAGAUUCCCUGUAUACUGCUCUUGGAAUUCCCAAGCACCGACAACCCAGAAAGACAGCUCCAGUCCGGGAGGCAGAGGGAGUGUGUCCCUGCAGGGGUGAGAGCAGGAGCCUAGUCUGGAGUCAACCGGGCCAGACAGCUAGGGGAUCUUGGGCCACUGUGGCUUCCUGUCCUCAGUGAUCAUACGUGAACAGGCAGGGUCUCCUGCAGCCACAGGCCACGCCAAGCCCUUCCCCAUCUUUGCCCGGUGCUAGACAGAUUGUCUGGGUGCCCCCACAUGUCUCUCCUGAGGUCAUGCUGCCCUUGGGGCUGGCACGGCCCUGAGGAAGGUCAGGCCAAUCGGGGGCUGAGCUGCGUCACCCCGAGGCGUCUUGUCUGUAUCCCGCGAGCCUGCCUCUGCCCCUAGGGAGGCAAGGGGGUAGCUGGAAGAGUCUGCUUCCACGGAGAGGAGAACAAGUUGGAAUAGGGGUCUCAGAGGACUUGGGUCAGAAUGGAGAGGGGGGCCCUGGCCAUGGGCUGUAGCUGCCUAACCUGAGUGGUGCUGUCCCUUCCUGGAGGAGCAGAGGCACCCUGUGCCCUAUGGGGAGGCAGGGCGUCGCUCUGUCCCCCACCCACCCUGCACCCGGUGUUCUGGGUUGUGGGUGGAGGGAGUAGAGAGUCUCUCCCACCUUCAUCUGGUGCAGGCUGGAGAGGGGUCUGCCUCUCGCAGGGGUGAGAAGACUGUGAACCAGAAGACUCUAGAAAGGCCCCAGAGAAGCACCCAGAUCCCUCAGGGCUGCAGAUGGAAGUUUGCUACCAAGAAGGACUACCUAAGGUGGACAUCCUACAUGCCAUCAAGAGAUGCACCAAGUGACCCACCUGUCGGCAGAUCCCAAAGGAACACAGAAGUUCUUUAAUCCGCUUCACGCCACACCUGCCCAACCAUCAGCUCCAAACAGGGCCACCCACUGGGGCUCCACGGUCACUCCUCACAACCCAGGUCUCCAAACCAGGGCCAGAGAUCAUUGUCUGGUAAGAAAGGUUUCUGGUUUGGUGUCUGGCUUUCACCGCAGCCGGUCCAUGCACCCUCACCCUGGUGCCCUGCCAGUAUCCUCGUCCCCUUUACCCCUCCUUCCCCGGGCCUGUACAGCCAACGGCCUGGGGUGCCUCUUGGGGCUGUGGAGGGUGGCUGGCCUUCAUCCACAGGAUACAGAGACUGAAAGCUGGGGAUUCCCCAAACAGCAGCCGUAGACUUGCUCGCUCGUUAAACGGAAAAGGAAUCACAGAAACUAGGGAAGGGAGAACAUAUCUUCAAAGGAGAAAUUUGGCUUUAAUGACACUAUUAAUCAUUCAUUUUUUUAAUUAGGAAAAGCUCCCUAAUGAGGUGUUUUUGCCAGCUAAUAGGACUCUCCAUUUCCAUGAGGACCCUUCUUACCCAGAGGAUUAGGGGAGUCAUUGCUCACCAAGCCCAGAUCCUCCCCCAGGGUCCAAUUUCGUUUGCAAAUAAUGCAGAUUCCCGGGUGCAGCGGAAGCCCUUUCCUGGAGUCCUUCAUGCUGCUCCCAGGGCUGGCCAGAAAGCACCACACUCCUCUGCCUUAAAAAAACAGUGCCCAACAUUGAAUAUCCGCCCCACCCCCCACCCCCAGGACUUGAGUAAGUGGGAAACAAAAGGAAACACAAGCUGCAAUGUUUGUUUCUAAAUAUUUUUGUAUUGUGUACAUUCUGUAUAUUUUUGUUGUAACAUAUUAUUUGAACACAGAUUCCAUUAAAGAUUUUUUUUUUAAAGCCAA